AUGGCCUCCAUGGUGAAUCCGUACAAGGAAUCCAUGCGGCGACUUGCCAACUACGUAGGGUUGGUGAAUUUUGGUACCACGCAAGCGGUGACCCCACCACCGGCAUCUGGAACGGAAGCAUUGUACUUCCAGGCCGCUGAGACGCCCGAGUGGAAAUCCCACAUCGCAUCGCUUCCCCCUCACGAGCGCCACAAGGCCUCAGUGCGGCGACGCCUCUCAAGACGUUUCUGGGUGGCAGCGCAGGCAGACCUGUGUUUGUGGUGUUGGUUUUCGAAGGAUAUGUGUUUUUGUGCCAAGUUGGAAGAAUAUCGAGAGCAAAUGCUCUCCGCGGAGUUGGACUCAGCAGUGAAGGUGACAAUGGUGUUGCACGCAGCGGAGGUGAUGCGGACAACAAAUUCUGGACAUAUAGCGGCGUUCAUCUUGGGUGCACCCAUCCGUGUGUGGGGUGUGGAGGAGGAUGAUGCCUACCUGGCGGAGUUACCCGCGGUGGCGGCAGAUGACGAUGGCUCAUAUGCCGUCUCAUUGUAUCCAGAGCCUGAUGCUGUCCUGUUGGAGAAUUUCGUGCAGAAUCUAGAAAAGGGCACAAAGGUUCAUUUGGUUCUCUCCGAUGGGACAUGGGGCCAGGCAACUGCUCUAAAUCGUCACAUACCUCACCACAUUCCUCGCGUAGCGUUGUUUAUUGACAGAUCAUAUAAGUCACUUUUUAAGGCGCUGCGCAAGCAAACAAGGGAGACAGGUGUCUCAACGCUCGAGGCCACUAAUAUGGCCAUGGAGCAGUGUCUUCGGGGCUUGUACGGUGCCAAUGAAGCCGCCGUGUCGAGUUCGUCCACCUUAACAGCUGCAAUGAAAGAGUUUGUAGACCUGAGGUGUCUCCUAAAAUACCAGGACGCAUGUUUCGCCAAUGAUUUGGGUGCUGUAGCCAACAUUGUUGAACGGCGUGAUAUUUACCGUCGAGAGGCUGCGCUUGGGCGCCUAGAGAACAUGAUGUAUAGGGUACAGAACGACCCUGAGGUGCGAAAGCUGCUGCUCCCCCCGGUGUUGAAUUACUGUUAUGCAUGUGAUGUGGCCGUGGGGUGGCAUCGUAUGGUCGAACAUGCGUUGGGUAAAGGUCACCAAGAAGGCUUGAAGAAAAACCCUUCCUGUAUCCCUAGUGAGCAGUCACGUGGGCGAUUGUAUGGCAUACGUAUGCCUCCAAACGACGUGUAG